AUGGCGACACAGCCGGAUAAUCUUUAUGUGCAGACGAGUCAGAUCCAAAUAAUGCUACAGUUCUUCCAGCAAGCUGGUCAAUGCCGUUUGGAUAGGAUGCUCUUGCAACAGUGUCUCGAUCUUCUAGCAGCAGCCAUGCACAAUCAUCGACGCGAUGCGCAGCUACAAGCCGACAGCUGCUGUGCUCUGCAUGUGAUGGCCUCGACCUUGGGAGCCAGUCUCACAGGGCUCCAGUUUGCAGAGGUUGUGAGUCAGCUCGUGGAAGCGAUGAAAGCUUAUCGAACGGAGCCCCAGGUGUGGAGAUGGGCCGCUCGGGCCUUGGGGGAACUCACCAACAUGCUGGAUAAGGCUGCGCUUGAGCGCGCGGCUGCGGCAGGCGCCUUGGAUCAGCUCCGGUCUCCGAGGCCGACCGACAGCGAUGGAAGGUUUCAGAGACAGAACCGUGUGGCCUUCAGAUUUCUACGUGAAGCUCUCUCCCAUGGAGACUUGCACGCACAUGCAGCUCCACGCAGUAGCACGCAGUCCAACCCGGCAGGCUCCUCACAGGAUCCUCCACCCCCGGGUCCGCAGUCAUCUCAAGCCCCCGAGCUCCGGCCAGCCCAAGAGGGCCGCAUGAACUCAAGCACUUCCGUCUGCGGGCUCUUCGGUGAAGACCUGAAAGGUGUAGACAACCAGGCACCGGAAGGGAUACAGGUCUGUCAAGCCUGUAACACGAUCUUCGAGGGUCUCAUGACAAAUGCACCAGGCAGCGAAGAACGCAAAAUGUGGCAGACAAAGCUACGGCACAUUUGUGUCAAAGCAAGUGAGGAUUCGCAGACGUCCGAUGUGCUGAAGAUGAGUGUCUUUGGGUUGAUGCCGGCCGAGGAAAUCGAGAAUUUUCUUCUUUCUGAUGACCACCGAAGGUGGAAAAUAAUUGAAGCACACACGGAAAGAUUUCUUGAGCUUCUGGACGAGCCGGGGACACGAGUCGACCUUAAACCAGCCCCGCCGGCAGAUACCGCUGAGCGGGUGCCAGUGUCUAAAGAUCACCAUCCUGACCGGAACCAUAAGUGGAGGUCCUUGCGCCCUGUGGUUUUGGAUCAGUCCAUUCGGGAGCCUGCAACGAACACACCUUUUGGGCACACUGGCUACAUGAAGUAUUUGACACUGCAAAUCAUCCGAAAGAUGCAAUUCAACGACAUCGCCAUCACUGGUCAAUACUACGGUGAGAAGUACACGCCAGAAACGCAAGUGCUUGAAUGGAUCAUCAAGUAUGCAAAGGAGAAAGGGGAGGAGGAUCCAAUGCGUGGCCUUGUAGCAAUGUUCGCACCGGGCGAACAUGACAGAAAAGCGGGCAUCCAGACCAUGAAAGAUUUCAAGAUUCCGAAUGCUUUCCUGGAUCUGACCUUCAAAGCCAGUGUUCGCUUCAAAGAUACAAACUUCGUACAAUCCGUGAUCGAUGCUGUGAAGGAGCUGGACGAAAUCUAUGAGGAGUGGGGCUGGCCGGGAGAACCAUGGCGUGAAGAUGCCCACAUCAACAAUAACAAGAAUUUUGCCCGUGGUGAGAUCUCUCUGAACUUGGUGGACCUCAUGGAGUAUUUGAAUCUCAGAGGCGAUGAGACCAUGGAAAAGCAGAAGAAGGAGGAUGUGGAGAAGGCUUUCGAGGCAUGGAAAGCCAAUAAGGCGUUCCAGCGCCGUGUUGUGGCCAUCUUGGUGGAGGAAGGACGAGGUGUGGCUGACUAUGAGGAUUACGGCACAUUGGUGAGUUGGAUUCGCAAGUUCUUUCCAGAAGAAGGGAAGUACCGAAUCCUGGUUCACGCGCAUGCCGGAACCAACAACCAUCAGGACGUGGCGAGCCUCAAGGCCGUGAAGCAUGGUGCAAACGGGAUAUGGGCAGCUCUGAUCCCUCAGGCUGCCCAGGCGGGCCACAACUCCAGCUUCGUGUUCUUGGACUACCUCCUCCACCACGGCAACGAACACGUCCUGAGACACUUCUGGCUCUUCCAAGCGCUGGAAUGCGCACGCCACAUCUACUACUUGAACUUCAAUACCCACGAUAUUCCCGACGACUGCCCAAUCUGGGGCGAGCGCGUCGGGAAAGAAACCCACAGUGCCUUCAACGUUCUCAUGGGGGAGACGUGGCGAAGAAAGACUGCCGAUUACUACGAUUUUUGGGAAAAAUCGGUCAAGAGGGAGAUCAACGAACUGCCACAGAAGGUACAUCAUGUCAGGGCAAAAGAUGAGGCCCGUGGAGAGUAUCGCAUCUCGCCACUCGUUUCGGACACUCAGACCUGGGUGAAUCGGAUGCGCGAGGCGAAAGCAGUCGAGCCCGACGAGAUCGUGAAUGAUUACGUGGAUAGGGUGAAAGCACUCGGGUUUGCAUUGAUGAAUGCCGGCAUCCGUGUCAACUUGGACGACGAAGACAACCUCAAAACGCUGGUCAAGAUCGCCAGAGAGGCCCAGAGAAACAAGGCGACGGAGCCCUGCGUUUGCCGACAAUACGACGCCCAUGAGCGGAACGCAAAGAUGAAAGAACGAAAAGAUAGAGGCGCAGCGCAAGAAGCAGCCGUGGUCAUGGUAGCGGCAGGAUUCGUAGCCAGUCCAGCAACAUCAGUAGUGCAGCAAGAAUGGCAAGAGUAG